AUGGAUUCUUAUCAGCAAUCUAGCAGCACCAAUGUCCCAUCGCGAGAUGUCGGUCUUAACCCACAGCCGCAAUCGUUGAUUGAGCGCCGGUUUGCCCCUUUUCUGAAGAGGACCAAGGACCCUCUGGGACUAAACUUGCUCCAUGAUCCCCCAGAACCCCGUAUCGAUCUAAUCUUUGUCCACGGGCUUGGUGGCGGCUCACAUAAAACGUGGAAUAUCUCAAACGAUCCGGCGUCCUUCUGGCCUAAAGAGUGGCUGCCGCGUGAAAAAGGCUUUGAAAAUGCCCGAAUUUAUAGCUAUGGUUAUCCAUCCGGCUGGACCGGCAAAAACCAAGUAAAGUCAAUACUUGGUUUUGGGCGCGAUCUUCUACAAGAUAUUCUCGGGCAUUCCUCUUUUCGAGAGGCUCCCGACGCGUACAUUCUUGCCAAACAACAAGCGACUUACAAAGAGGUGUCAAUGCGGAUAGGAGGUAUAAUCUUCCUGGGCUCUCCACAUCGAGGUGCGCAAUCAGUGUAUCUUCUGAAAAGCCUACUACAUCUUCCAGGAAUGAAUGGCUCGAAAAAGUUUGUGGAUGAGUUGGUCCCGGAUUCAUCAUUGUUGGAGGUCCUGUUCAACGCCAUUUUGGAUUCGGGAUUCAAAACCGAUCUCGGGAUCACUCGGCAGCUUAUAGUUGAACCAAAUUCUGCGGUUCUAGGCCUUCCAUCCGAGAAAAUCCGACGCUUGAACACUGAUCAUCGUCAUAUGUGUAAGUUCGACAACCGGCGUGACCCUAGUUAUAAAAUCCUUCGUGGCGAGUGUUUAGCUGCCAUUUCGCAUGCCCAUAAAGCCAAUUUGAUCCCAAGAGGAGAUUUGGAGCGGAUAUCAAGAUACCUUUGCGUGCCGCCCGACCAUCGAGAUCCGCUGCUAGACCUUUCCCUAGACAAAUUGGAUGGCUCCUGUGACUGGCUUAUACAAAGGCCUACCUUUCGUGACUGGCUCAACCGUCCCGGAUUUGAAAGCGAAUCUCCAUCGCCGGACGCGCGAAACAUGCAACAGCCUCCAAAGGUGUUUUGGCUCCGCGGUAGACCCGGGGCAGGAAAAUCAAUGACUGCAGCACAUGUGGUUGAAUACAUGGAAGAUAAUAAUUUGGAUUGUAUAUUCUAUUCCUUCACAUAUGGCGACAAGGCGAGAUCUUCGCUUUGCAAUGCAUUACGCUCUCUCGCCGUUCAAAUGGCGAGUAUUAACGCUCCAAUCAGAUACAAGCUAAUAGACAUGGCCCGACAGCGUCAACCGAUCGACCUAAAUCUCCGCAUUUCAAUUUGGAGAUCCGUCUUUGAGACUGUAAUAAUGCAAGAACGCUUUCAACAACCUCAUUAUUGGGUGAUAGAUGCGCUGGAUGAAUGUGACGAUUUCAAUGUUCUCGUCUCUCUCAUCUCAAAGCUUGACGCAUUGCCAAUACGAGUUUUCAUAACUAGCCGUCCCAUUCCGGAGAUAGAACAUCUACUGCAGCACCAUAACAUACCAGUGUUCAAAGAAGAAAUAAAGAUUGAAGAUUCCCUGGGCGACAUUUCACUUUAUUUGAAGGGUUGUGAAUUGUCAUUUCGUGGAUCAAGCGGCGGGGAUGCGAUGACGAGUGUGCUCCAAGAGUCGAAUGGUUGCUUUUUAUGGGUGGCACUCGUCGUCGACCAUUUAAGGGAGACAGUAAGAAGACUCAUCACCUCCGAAGUCGUACCCGUCAGGAUGUAUGAACAAAUCCUUCAACGACUGAUGACCAUGAGCCCGUCAGACAUAAAAAUGGCAAAGGCAGUUUUCAGAUGGACCAUUUGUGCCAGAAGGCCCCUACAAGCAACCGAGCUUCUUGACAUGCUAUACUUGGAUGUCAAAGACAAGCUCUUUCUUCUUGAAGCUGGUAUCGGGCCCUUAUGUGGACAUCUCGUUUAUGUCGACGAUACUUCCGGCGUUCAAACACUCCACCACACGGUCGGGCCGUUCCUGACGGGAAACUGCCCAGUGACCGAGUUUGCCAUGGAGAAAGAAAAAGAACACGCCCGUAUCGCGGAGGUAUGCCUGACCUUUCUGGCCGGAAAGGGCUUCUGUGCGUCGGAUCCAAGGAUAGAUGACCUUUCUGGGUUUCCGGCCGACCUUUCGCCGUUCGCUGACUACGCUAGUUCUCACUUUUCCGAGCACAUCCUGCAGUCCGCGGUUGAAACUGAUGAACCCCUCCUUUCGCUGUGCACCUUCCUUCAAUCUUCUAACGUUUUAGAAUGGAUCGGGCGUCAAAUUCAAUCUCAAAAUCUGUCUCUCCUAGCUCGUACCGCAGAAAAUUUGAAGGCGUACCUCAUCCGCCGUCUAAAGCAUUCAUUGCCAUUGGAUAAGGAAGUCCACACAGUGGAAGCGUGGAUCCAUGACCUUUUCCAUAUAGGUACCCUCGUCACUAACAAUUUGCUUGCCAUACCAAAAGCAGUUUAUUUUCUGCUCCCGCCUCUUUGUCCACGGAAAUCUGCGACUUAUUCCCAAUUUGGAGGCAUUCACGAUUGUUUCACGGUUGUUGGCAUUGCAGAAGAUUGGGAUGAUCGCUUAGCGAGCAUACUUUAUCCGGAAGACGAAGCUCUAUCACUUGCAUGCAACGCCAAUUAUUUCGGGGUGGGACUAUCAAAUGGCAGUAUAUUUAUAUACCAGAGCACGACUUGCGAAUAUGUCAGGAGGCUGCAGCAUCCCGGAGCCGUGAUAAAGCUCGCUUUUGCCGGUUUACACCCUUUUCUAGCGUCUUGCUCGUCGAGCAAAUUGAAUCUCUGGGAUAUGCAUGAUGGCAGCUGCGUCUGGUCCGCUUGUAGAAGCGGCAACCUAGAUCCUAUGGCGCUCAGCUUUAGUAAUGACGACUCAACUAUUUAUAUUGCCACAAAAAAAGGCCUCUCGGUCUUCCAGACGUUAACUGGGACAGAGUUACGUCACUGCACUUAUUAUAGCAAACAGGACUUCUUCGAUGAGGAACUGUCGAAUUUGACCUGGAAUGCCCGAUUGCUGCCUGAACUGGACCAAUUGGCAUUAAUUUCCCGUAACGCGCCUAUUGUCAUUUGGAAUGCAGCUGAGGAAUCUAUUGCAUGGGUAGUUGAGAGACGCGAUUUACUGGAAGGUGCAAUCCCUCAUGCGAACGCAGUGGCUUUCCGCCGGGAUCGACUCGGAACCUCCAUGGUGGUUGCCUACAACAGUGGUGAUUUGGUGUUGUAUCAUCCUCGUCGGUCUGAUUGGCAGAACAGCUUCCCGCUCCUAGCGCAUACUCUGGCCGUAUCUCCUGGUGGGCGGACCCUGGCGACCGGGGAUACUCACGGAAUCAUCCAUCUGUUCGAUUUCGACACAUUGAACCUCUUAUACCGUAUUACGUCCGACACAUCCCGAGUUCGGGAGAUUGUCUUUGAUUCUAGCGGUCUUCGCUUUUUUGACCUGAGAGAUGACCGCUGCAAUGCCUGGCAGCCGUCUAUAUUGGCAAGCGGUAAAGGCUCGGACGUCACGUUGACCGUCGCCCACAGUGCUCCCAUUCAACAACAGAAACCCACAUUCAGGGGUGAUGAUCAUUCCAUCUCAGCAAUUGCAUGCGACCAUGAAGGUGACAGCUGCUUAUUUUGUGGGCGGUCUGAUGGCUCUAUUGCUGUGUUUAACAUGAAAACGGGCUGUAUUGCACAGGAGCUCUGUAGGCACGUCAAUUCUGGAAGAGUUCAUCUGCUCGACUGGAACACCAGUGGCUCCCUUCUUACAAGCGCUGACACGUCCUGGCGUAUCAUUUGCAGAAAGCUUUCUCGCAAACACAGGAGUGAAUGGUACACUGAAAAGAUAUUGCUGGAUAAGCGCACAAGGAACGCUAUUCUUCAGGUUUUAACCAACCAGAGUGGGAAUAGGCUCCUGGUGUCCACAACUUCAACGGAUAUUGUUUGGAGUCUUGACACCCAUAGCACGGAAAUUAACCGCUUCAUGCCUCGCGAGAAACGACAAUGGGUUUCACACCCAACUGAUCCCGAUCAUUUGGUUUUAAUUAGGAGUGGAAAGGCAUAUGUUUUUGACUGGCUACAAUUCCAGAUGAUCAGUGGAGAAGACGGAAUUAUGCUACAAUCUCUGCCAAUAUACGACAUUCCCUUCUCACAAGUUGUGGUGUGCGAACAAGCAAAUAAAAUUGCCACUGUAAGCCAGAGAAUGAACAAUGAGGGUAGGUACUCUAGCAUAAUCCGACUAUGGGAUGCAGUUCACAUACACCCCGAAGCGACCAAUGUACCAUCAGUGGCGCAACACGAAAACUUCCUCUGUGAUGUUAAGGUUAUUCUCGGUACCUUCGAACUGUCUCUGUUAUUUAUUGACGAGCAGGAUUGGGUUUGCUCUCUGAAUAUAGAGAACACACAACAGGAGCACUUUUAUACCCGACAUUUUUUUCUUCCUUUUACUUGGUAUCGGAAUAAAGAACUUGUAUACAACGUCACAGCCAAAGGAAGCAUUACGUUCGGAGUGGGUGAAAAGGUGGUCAUUUUCCAUGAUGGAUUAGGGUUUAGAGUGCCUGUUCCCUUUAAAGGAGUGGAAAGCGGGAGUAUCGAAUGAGUCGAUAAGAAUGAGGAUGCUUGACUUUUAGGCUCCUUAAGUUUUCUCAUUUAAUGUACUUUUGUUUGUGCUUUCUUCAGGUUUGAUUGAGUUGAAGGUAUGCGCGAGUGGACCUGACCCCGAAUUCGCUCGAAAUUCUCGAAAGGGCGCUUAAUCUAAGUGUUGGUCAGCGCGUUGGCUAUGAGUGCGAUGCCAAAUCUUGCCAAUCGUCUGGUAGCAAAGGCGUCUCACAUGGGUCA